UGGCAUCAGUCAGAUUGCGGAAUCGAGAACUUGGGCUCGUAGAAUACUUUGGAUUCUUCUGUUUGUGUCCUGCAUUUUGGGUUUCUUCUACCACGCUACGACAUAUUUCGCGUUAUAUGCUGCAUAUCCGACUACAGUGGAUGUCAGAGUUGAGAAUAAAGGAUUGCUAGAAUUCCCGGGUAUUACUCUAUGCAAUAAUAAUAGGUUAAUAAAAUCAUUGUACUGCCGUGAAUAUUACUGCUCACCUUACGAUCACGUGCAAGAGUACGAGGACUACUGGCGCAUGAACCGCAGUGAUCGUGUGCGCCUUGGCCACACGAAAGAUAAAAUGAUCAUCAAAUGUAAACUGAAUGGCAGAAUGGAAAUGGACGAGGAUCAGUGUUAUAAACAUUUCAGGUUGCAUCAUAACGCAGAGCACGGGAAUUGCUUCACAUUCAACGCGCAGUGGAAUAUGCCAGACCACAAAAUGCUAUACGCCUACGAAUCUGAUAUGUGGAACAAGCCUACAGAGCUACUUCUCGACCUGGAUGUUCAGACUGAAGAAUACCUCGACGAUCACAAAACUCCAUCUGUCUUGAUUUACGUUCACGAUCCUCGAUUUUAUCCUGACUUUGGAUCUGAAGCUGUAAAAGCCAGAGCAGGGCAUUUCUACAGCGUUGGAAUGCGCAAAACAACGACUAAGCUGCUACCGUUACCCUACCAGACGAAUUGUACCAUCUACAGUGCUAUGCCGUGGGCAUCUCGAAACAAGGGCACGCUUACACCAAAAAUGUGCACCCAAGAAUGUUCCAGAUCUUUACAGUUGAAAGCAUGCAAAUGCGUUUCGUCCAAUUUGACGCUGGUCUUCGAAGAUUCACCAUGCGAGGGAAAAAAAGCCUUUUGUGCGGAAGAUGUAGAAAAGAAUACGACUGACUAUUGCCGAACACUUUGUAGAGUACCCUGCGAAAGGAAAACGUUUGAAGCUUCCGUAGACUCAUCUGUGUGGCCUAGGAAACGACAGAUGUUUAAUGCCCCUACUUGGAGUAAUAAAAACUUGAGCGAAAUCAGGAAAAAUUUAGUUCGAGUUAAACUGUAUUUACGAACAAUGGAAAUCACGAUGUAUGAGCAUCAGCCAAAGUAUGAGUUGGUAGAGGUAUUCAGCCACCUUGGUGGUUACCUGAGUCUUUGGUUAGGAUUUUCCGUUCUGGCUUUCUGCGAACUUCUUGAGAUGGUAUCUAUGGUGUUCAUACGAAUAACGGACGUCAAAACGUCUGUCUUCCACCCUGUUCCUAGAAGGUACUCUAAGAAGAACAAAGUCCACGGUCGAAGUAUUAGAAAUAAUGCUUACUGAUGAAUUUUACAAUACGCGAAGUUUCCGAAAUUUGUUUGUAAUCAUAAUAAAUUUUCUUU